CUGACAUUUGCUAGCUUCUGCGAAAAAAAGUCUGUUGACGAUAAAUCCAGUGUAAUUGGAAGAAAUUUUCAUCCUCGUCGAGCAGCACCGAAGAACGAAGCUAGCAAAAUGAAAAUCUGUGGUCCUAAGUGCUCCCUCUGCGGAUUGAUUAUCUCCGUUUGGGGAAUCGUGCAGUUGGUGCUCAUGGGGCUCUUCUUCUACAUACAUAGUGUGGCUCUGAUUGAGGAUUUGCCACUUGAGGAGAAGUACUCAAGCUUAGAUGCAUUUUAUACAGCUGCGAAUAAUGCAUACAAUCAGAAUGCAUACAACUGCUGGAUUGCGGCGUGUAUCUACGUAUUGACACUUUUGCUGUCUGCACAACAAUUCUACAUGAAUAGCAGAGUAACUGCCAACUAAAAUCCGUGCUUCAACUUCAAACUAUGAGCUGCUUGUCGAAGCUGAAUGCGAAUCCAUGAAACACAAAACAUACAAACAUAAUAGUAACGUGUGCAUUCAACGACGAUGGCACCAAAACCACACUUAGUAUUGAAUUGUUUUAUUUAAAGUUGAAGAAAUUUGUUUAUUUACUGUAUAAUAUCCCCAAAGUUUUGUUGCUAAUGUUUAAAUUGAAUUAAAUAUGAUAAUUAUUAAGUAAAAACUUCAUGUAUGUAUGUACGUAAUACAAUUGUUUGUUCAUAAUAAUCACAUUCCUUUGUUAGUUCGAUUAUUUUUAUUUAAUUGGUCGUACUCGUUAAUUAAAUGAAACCAACAAAAGCCAUCAAUAUGUAUCAAAACGAUCUGCCUCCAGUAAAAACAUCUCAAGCGUUAAUAAGUAUCUUUAUCUUCUUCAUGAAUGUAUUCUGUAUUCAAUGUCAAAGAAAGAGAAUAACUAUUCGUUAGCUUUGUAGUCUAUUUGGGAUGGUAAUACGAAACAAUAUUAAUGUAAAAUAAACUAAAAUUUCCAACAAAUA